AGCUUUCCCAAGAGUAGCUUUUUCCUAUUGAGAAUGAUAUUCCUUAAGACUCCAGUGACAUUCUCGCCCAAGUGCAUGUCACUGGAGUCUAGAUAGAUAGACGAAAUCCGUAGUAAAUCUAAAUAAAUAGACGUAAUUUAUUCCUGCCGUGGAAUCAGAAUUUAUUCUCCUUUCCCUUUCCCAAUUCUCACCCAAUAAUGUUGCAUUAGGUGUUUUCUUACAACACGAAAUCCAUUUCUAUUUAUUCCUCCUUAAUUUGCUUCCUGUUAAAUGAGUUCACUCAUUGAUCCAUUUUGUCAUCUUCCAUAUCUCCGUUGGGUUCGUAUUGUGACAUGGGUGCUGCCAUAUCUCGGCUAGCAAAGUGGCUAUUCCCGAAAUGUGAAAUGAGGAUUCUGAUGCUGGGUCUUGAUGCUUCUGGGAAGACAACCAUCCUGUACAAGCUCAAACUGGGUCAAAUUGCUACCACCAUACCGACAAUCGGCCUGCAUUUGUCAUGGACCAGGUUUUAAUGUGGAGACUGUAAAGUACAAAAAUAUUAGCUUCACUGUCUGGGAUAUAGGAGGACAAGAUAAGAUUCGACCUUUGUGGAAACAUUACUUUCAGAAUACUAGAGGAUUAGUCUUUGUUGUGGACAGCAAUGAUAGAGAGAGAAUCCCAGAAGCCCGCAAUGAGCUUCAUCGUAUUAUUGGCGAGUAUGAAUUACGCAAUGCCUUGCUUCUUGUCUUUGCCAAUAAGCAAGACCUUCCAAAUUCUCUGAGUGUUUCUGAGGUUGCCGAUAAACUUGGUCUACACUCACUCCAUCAGCAUCGUUGGUACAUCCAGAGCACUUCUGCCAUAUCUGGCCAAGGACUGUAUGAAGGCCUCGAGUGGCUAUCCAACAAUAUUUCAAACAAGCUGGCUGUGUGAUAUAGGCUCUUUCCCGAUGUCUAUUGUAAUAAUAGAUCUGGUUCAAGUCAUGGAAAAUCCUUCCAAAGCACUGAAAAGAGAAGACAAUUUUCUCGAAAUCCUAACUAAUAAACAGAGCGUCAGUGGGAGGCUUGGCAAUGGUUUCUCUUCCCUGCAGGGUAGUUAAGACUAAGAGUUUCCAUUUUAGAUAUGUCAAGCAGCACUUGGUGUGAAAAACCUCUGUAAUAUCUAUCUUCUUUUGUUUUUAAUUUGGGAUGAACCACGUGAUAACUUGUACUUGUUAGAUAGUUUCUGUAAUCAGUCAUGAAUGGAACAAUCGGCGUGGGCAUUGAUCAA